AUGGGUCAAGUUGGGGGAGAUGGCGUGGCUCUUUUCCAUGCAUCAAUCGUGUUGCUGGCCCUCGCCUGGGUCACAUACGGCGCCAGAGUAGGAGUGCGCAUAUGGAGAAAGGCACUAGGUUUGGAUGAUUUCCUCAUGUUUAUGGGCCUCUUGCUAUUCACAGUCACAGCUAGUCUGUGUAUAGUCUGCUGCUUCUACGGAUCUGGCCAACUUUCCGUCAACAUCGCUCCUCUUGACAAAAUGCACGGCAUCAAGCUCUUCUUCAUCGCCGAGUUCUUCUACGCUUCCGCUGCUGUCCUUAUUAAGUGUAGCAUUGCGGUUACUCUGCUCCGAAUUGCCGAUUCUCGCCGCCGAUAUACGUGGACCAUCUGGGGAAUCAUGAUUGCCACUGCCAUUUCCGCCAUAGUAUUCAUGGUGGGCGUGGCCAAUAUCUGCCAUCCCAUCACUACGCUUUGGGGCGAAACGACUACCGGGUCCUGCAACCUCGUGCUGAAUAGCAACGUUAGCUUCUUCUUCUCUGCCAUCGAGAUUGCCACGGACUUCUCUUUGGCAAUCUUGCCAGCUAUCUUGUUGUGGAACAUUCAGAUGAAGCCCAAGGUCAAGUUUUCUGUGGCUGUGAUUCUCGGCCUAGCAGCAUUUGCAAGUUGUGCAACGAUCGUCCGCCUCCGCUACCUAAGUCUCUACGCCGACCCUACAGAAUUCAUGUUCGGCACAGGCAAGAUCGGUCUCUGGUCAAUAAUCGAAGAGGGCAUCGGUAUCGUUGCCGGCUCGCUUCCCGCCCUUCGACCGCUGCUCUCCCACCCCCUCAUCAGCCGCUCCAACGAUGCUUCCAAGGGCAGCGCCAGCCUGUCAGGCAGCAAGUUCAAGCAAUCGAAGAGCAGACACAACGGGCUGCGUUCUCACGAGAUGAAUACCUUUCAGCAGCUGGGAGGUAAGGAUGGGGAGGUAGAUAGGGAAGGUGACGGGGACAGCCAGAAGCACAUCCUGAAGGAGACGCAGGUUUCGGUGAUACGGAAUCAGCGAACUGAUGAUGCGUCGGACUGGGAAAGGAGACAGGUGCUAGGGUGGAAGUAG